AUGUCACAUAGUUCCGUUCGCGAAGCCUCACAUGCUGGAAGUUGGUACGAAGCUGAUGGCAGACAUCUCGAUCAACAACUAUCAACAUGGCUGGCUGAAGCAGCAAAUAGUUCCAAUACGAAAUUAAAAGCGCGAGCAAUCAUUGCUCCUCAUGCUGGCUAUACUUAUAGUGGACCAACAGCUGCAUUUGCAUAUAAAAACAUCGAUCCAACUGAUGUCGAUCGCGUGUUUCUCCUUGGUCCAUCACAUCAUUACAGUUUAGAUCAUUGUGCGUUGAGCAAUCACGCACAAUAUGAAACGCCAUUGUACAAUAUUCAAAUCGAUACGAAAAUAACCAAUGAUUUGCAUAGAGCAGGUCUUUUCUCAGUUAUGAAUCAACAACAAGAUUCCGAUGAACAUUCGCUAGAAAUGCAUUUACCAUAUAUUGCUAAAGUGUUCGAAAAAAAACGCAAGGAUUUUCAAUUAAUUCCCAUUCUUGUUGGUUCUCUCGAUUCGUCGAAACUGGAAAAGUAUGGACAACUGUUAGCACCAUACCUCUGUGAUCCGAAAAAUCUAUUCGUUAUCUCAUCUGACUUUUGCCAUUGGGGUCGGCGAUUUUCCUAUCAACCUCAUAAUCCUGCAGACGGUGAAAUCUGGCAGCACAUCGAAAAAUUAGAUCAUCAAGGUAUGGAACUAAUUGAAAAGAUGAACUUGGCAGAUUUCCAUAAAUAUCUUCGGGCUACUGACAAUACGAUUUGUGGUCGUUAUCCAAUUAGUCUUUUACUUGCGACAAUGGAGCAAGCGAAAAGGGUCGUUUCCGCCAAUCAAGUACCGAAAUUUCACAUGCAAUUCGUCAAAUAUGCUCAAUCGAGUCGGGUGAAAAAGUCGAACGAUUCAAGUGUUAGUUAUGCAUCUGCUGUUUUAACUGUUGCCAGUUAG